AUGCUGGUUCAACCGGAUUCGCCGGGUUCCGUCAACUUUCGUCUUAUAGUUCAGGCUGUUCUUUUUAUAAAACGAUUGAAAAACAAAAAGAAGAAAAGAAGUAACAGUCUAACAGCCAGCGAUCAUAAUAUUUCUCAAAUCUUCCGAAAUGAUGUGAUGGAUAGUGACGAAUCCACUAAAUCAGGUGUCAGGAGAUUGAUGGAAUGGUCGUUCGAAGAUACAAGUACUUUCUACUAUGUUUGGACAUUUAUUAUCUUCUGUGGAUGUUUAUAUAAUCUCAUUAUGAUUAUCAUAAUGGUGUUUGAUGAAGUCUUUCUCAACUUCCAUAAUCCUUGGCUCAUUUUCAACCUUGUUUUUGACUUGUUUUUCCUCCUAGAUAUCUUUAUUCUGACAAGAAGGGAAAUAAUCGAAGAUGGGGUGAGAAUAAGUAACAACAAAGACGUGUUUCUUCAUCGAAUUCGACAGAAGACUUUUGUUCUGGAUAUCAUCUGUGUCCUACCUUUCGAUCUUCUGUUGUUUUUGAAAUCAGACUUGUCAGUAACCCGUCUGAAUCGUCUCUUGAAGUGCUAUCGUAUCAGCGAGUUCAAUGCUUUGACUGAAAUUCGCACAAACUUUCCAAAUUUUAUGAGAGUGUUAAAGCUCAUCAUAACAUGUUUUAUCAUCUUCCAUUGGAAUGGAUGUGUAUACUUCUUCCUUGGAAUCAUUUAUGACUUUGAGAAGGCAAAUAUCGAUAAUUGGAUCUUCUCCUAUGACAAAAUCCCCAAUCCACUCUUUCUUCAGUGCGAUAUCUUCGAUUCUUCUCAUUCAAACUAUUGUAAUGUUAGCCUUCUUAAACCAUUGGGGAUAAUUUCUGAGAAGUCUCUUGAUUCUGAGAUAGAACUUUCCAAUUCGUUCUGGGGACCAAAAAUAAAGGAAGUUGAGUUCAGUAAUUUCACAAAGCAGUAUGGAUUAAGCUUUUAUUGGUCAGCUUUGACUCUUGUCACGCUAGGAGAACAACCCUGGCCGAACACUACCUUUCAAAACUCUUUUGAGAUUGGAGACACUUUGCUGGGCCUAGUCAUAUUCGCCGUCAUUGUCGGAGACAUUGGUAAUAUGGUUUACAACAUGAAUUUGAAACGAUCACAGUUUGAAGAGGAUUUGGAUGGAUGCAAGAGGUUUAUGGUCUACAGAAAGGUUCAUACGAUUCUCCAACGGAAGGCUGUCGAUUACUUUUCGUACAUGUGGACACAUGGAGGAGCUCAAGUCGAUGAAUCUGAGAUCGCUGAGUUUCUACCUCCUCGCUUAUACGGUCAAUUAGCAGUUCAUAUCCAUAUGGAAACCCUGCAGCGUGUGAAACUGUUUGAGAACUGUAACGUGAACCUCUUAUAUGAGCUCAUUCUUCGAUUAGAAAGACGAGUGUACAGCCCAAAGGAUUACAUUUGCAAUAAAGGUGAAGUCGGAACAGAAAUGUACAUAGUGAACAAAGGUGCGGUUGAAGUUGUAUCCGAGAACGGUCAACAGGUCUUUGUUCAAUUAGCUGAGGGAACUGUUUUUGGAGAAUUGUCUAUUCUGAAUAUUCCGGGAAACAAGAAUGGAAACCGUAGAACAGCUAAUGUUCGCUCUGUUGGUUAUUCUGAUCUCUACGUUCUAUCGAAAAACGCCUUGUGGGAAUCUCUACGGCAAUACCCAGAUGCCAUGGAAUCAUUGAUGAAGAAAGGUAAGGAGCUCUUGGCCAAAGACAACUUGUUGGAUGAGAACGUUGAGGAAGAGGAAGAAGUUGAUAUGGAAGCUGAUGUAGAACUUCAAUUAGAACAACUAUCUGCAAUAAUCAAUAAGAUUGAGAAGUCUUUGGAUCUUUCUGAAGAAAGCUUUCGAACGUUUGGAACAGAAGCAAAGCAAAAGCUUUUUGGUUUGGAAGAAGAAAUGUUUCGAAGCCUUCGUUGA